AUGGAAACCCAAAUCAACAUCAGUCAAAAUGGAAUCUUGGAAAAGCCCUUUCUUUGUUUUGAGUUUAGUAACAUCUCUUGUCAGAAGCUUGUCUAUCCUUUGGAAACUCGAAUAAUACUCUACAUUCUUUUCAUUGUCUCUUCAAUUGUCACAAUUAUAGGAAACUUGUUAGUGAUUAUAACUGUUAUUCAUUUCAAGCAGCUGCACACACCAACCAACUACCUCAUCCUGUCUCUGGCUGUGGCCGACUUGCUUGUAGGAGGAGUUGUUAUGCCUCCCAGCAUGGUGCGCUCGGUUGAGACUUGCUGGUAUCUGGGAGAUUUGUUCUGUAAAAUACACAGCAGUCUGGAUGUGACAAUAAGCACUGCUUCAAUUCUGAAUCUCUGUAUCAUUGCUUUAGAGAGAUAUUAUGCCAUAUGUCACCCUUUACAAUAUCAUAGUAAAAUGACAUCAACUACCACUCUUGUCAUGAUUAUUAUUUGCUGGACUGUUUCAGCUACUUUGGGGUUUGGCAUGAUAUUCCUGGAGCUUAAUAUUCUAGGUGUUGAAGAUUUUUACUAUGAGAAUAUUGAUUGUGAAGGAAAAUGUACUCUGUACCGCCAGUGUUGUUUGAUUUGUUUUAUUGGGUUGGAUACUAUAAUUCCACUUGUAAUCCUAUAG